AUGCACAACGCAGCGCACAAUCCCAGCAGGGUCCUGUGUGAACAUGAAGUAACUCCCAUUCGCAUGCUCAGGAGUUACAUUAUCCCGGUCCAGCCAAUUAAGCCAAAAGAAGACCAGGAGAAGAUGGAAGCACUGGCAACAGAGGAGAAUGCUGACAUUGCAGUGAUGGAGGGGAACACCUGUAACCAAACAGAGCUGCGGCUGGAAGGAUUUUUUUUCCCUCUCUCCUCCUUUGGAUACAUUUUAACUAACUUCUUUGUCAAUCAUGGGCAGCAUCGAGUCCAAGAACCAGAGCGCAGAAACCGCUACAGCGAGCAAAGCAGCCGAGCAGGAAAACGGGCACGUGAAGACCAAGGGGAGACUAUUGAACAAGCCCCGCCUGCCAAUGGAGACUCCAAGCCAGAGGAACCCCCGGGAAAGCAGGGGAAGAAAAAGAAGUUCUCCUUCAAGAAGCCGUUCAAGCUGCCCUUCCGCAAAAACAAAAAGGAGGCGGUGGCUGCUGCUGCAGAGGAGAGCCCAGCUGCUGAGGAGGAGGCUGCUGCCGAUUCCCCUAAGGAAGAGAGUGCCGCCAAGGCAGAGGAACCCCAAACUGAGAAUGUAGCAGAGCCUGCCAGUGCCCCCGAGGCAGCCAGUACCACCCCCGAGGAAGCUCCUGCCGCUGAGCCUGAACCAGCUGCCGCCCCUGCGGAGCAGAGUGAAGCCAGCCCAAGUACGGAACCGGCUGUGGAGCCUCCAAAGGAGGAGUAG